AUGAAGACUAAGUACGAGUCACGGAAGUUCAUCGACCUCAUUCAGCGAGCUACAUCUAAGUGGGCCAAUUGGGACCCCCCAAGAAAGAUCACGGUGGGCGAUUAUGGAACUAUCAUCAAUGAAACUGGAGAAUUUGAUUGGGAAGGAAACAUAUACAGCCCGCAUUUCAAGGAACAGCUUAAAUCGUCCAAGUACAAAUUCAACAUUGACCUGGCAGAUGCAGCACUACGCCCCAAUGAACAGGAAGCAGGCGACGACCACUUCAUCGUCAAAUCGUGGGGUGUCACCGCUAAAGAAGCCAAAACCUCUGCUGAUUGUUUGGUUCAUAUAUCUGACUGUGCUGCAGUGCCUGUGCCGGGUGUAGUGAAUGUCGCCCUGAAACUCGAUUUGCAGUUUGAUGGUAACAAACCAGCAGCUGUGUUGGUCAUGCACAAGCCAAGAUACAGUAGCCUUCCUCACGACGAGCGCAUCAUCAGGGUGCUCAAGUCCAUGCCUGGUGUCCUCAAAGGGAAGUACAUCGUCACCGAAGUGAUAUCUUGCGCAGCAUAUAUGAUGCAUUUGUCUGACCAAAAACAGUUUUCUGUGCCGCUCAAAGCCGUCGGGCCUGUCACACCAGCUAUCAAUGCUGGAGGAGCAGCCAGUUUUGCCUGGUCUUCAGAAGCUGCUUAUGGUCUUUCCCGUCAAGGAUGCGACCCGGCCGCAAAAUACAUACCGUUGUACAGGCUGAAAAUGCCUUGUCCCAAGUUCUGGGAGUGGGAGGAUGUCGACCCACCUUGGAACCCCCUUGACAAUGAGGGCGAAGAGCAUGAACUCUACGAUGCAGUACGUUAUCGAUGUUUUUAUUAG